AUGAAUCCGGAGUUAAACGGAUAUUGGGGUACAACUACCUCUACCAUUGAUUGGUGCGAAGAGAACUAUGUUGUCUCGGGUUAUGCUGCCGAAUUUAUGAACACUAUUAGUAAUGCGAUAUUUGUUAUCCUUGCUGUCAAACUAUUGAGUUCAUCCAUCCGGAAUAAGCAUGGGGGCAUUUUUGUCAUUGUUUCGAUCGGUAUACUUCUUAUUGGUAUCGGAUCCUGGCUAUUUCAUAUGACUCUUCGUUACGAAUAUCAAUUACUGGAUGAAUUGCCAAUGGUGUAUUUUACCUGGAUUCCAUUCGCCUAUCUUCUGGCAGUGGAGGUUGAGAAUAAAUCCCGGAGAAUUCUCAUCUACGCUAUCGUUCUUGCGUUGAUGAUCUUUUUCACAGUUACCUAUUUGUGUUUCUGGGAUAACCCGCUAUUGCAACAGGUUGUGUUUGGUUCUCUCGCGACAUUUAUCAUCUUCCGGACAAUUACUUUGACCAACAAAUACGUCACCGACCAGUCAUAUAGAAAUUUCAUGUUCAGACUAUUUUUCUUUGCCAUGUUUGAAAUUAUAUCUGGUUUCGUUGCAUGGAAUAUUGAUACUCUCUUGUGCAGUAGAUGGAUUCAGGCCAGAAGAUGCAUUGGCUUGCCUCUAGGACUACUAUUAGAAUGGCAUGCAUGGUGGCAUGUGCUUACGGGUCUCGGCGUCUAUCAUUUUGUCAUAUUCACGCAAUGUUUGAAUAUGUGGUAUAACAAGAAGCAGGACUUGUACGAAGUAAGAGGCUUUUUUGGAACUGCAAUUCCUUUCGAUAUUGUGUUGAAAAAAGGACUACAGAAAAAAACUGCCUAA